AUGGUCGUAGUAAAUUCUGAAGUAGCUAUAUGCAUUUUAAAUGCCUUUAAACAAUUAUCUACUGAUACUCGUGUUUUGAAUGGAUUGAAUAUGUGUGUCCCUUCGGGAUGCAUGUAAGUAUUUAAUUUGUUUGUUAUUUAAUUAUUAGAGAAAUUAUAAAAAUAUACAUAAAUAAUUUGAAUCUAUUUACUUUUAAUAUAAUAUAUAUUAAGUGUUGCUGCUGGGUGACUUACUUUAUGUGUUGUUAAGUGUUUAAAAAAAAGUUAAUAUACUUAUUGUAAAUAUUUGUUUUUACAGAUUUUACAUAUAAUAAUGUAAUGUUUUUGAAAAAAAAAAUUUUAUAUAAUAUUUUCGUAAAGUUUUUUUAUGUUAUAAAUGAUACUCUUCUUAUCUACCCACAUAACUUUGUUUAAUUAUACAUUCUGAUGUAAAGUAUUCUUUUUUUAAAUAUUUAUACAAAAAUUGUAGGUAAUUACAAGUAUUUAAUUAUAAGAAUUUAAUAUGUAAAUAAAGCUUAAGAAGUGAGGUUUAGUUUUGAGUUUAACGGUAAGUAGGUAUAAGUACUAUAUUAUCAUUUGUUUAUUCUUCAAAACUUUAAACAAUCUUUUAUAACAUGUGGCCUAUAAUUAGCGAUUGGUUUAAUAUCCAAUAUUUGUAUGCUCCGAAAUGCUAAACAAAUAUUCUGCUUCCCCGUAUGAGAAUAAAACACAUGAGUUAUUAAUAUAUUAAUAUUAUUAUUAUUAUUUUUUUAAUUUAGACAAUUCACAAUCUGUAAUUUUUACUUUAAGAAAAUUUGAUAUUUACAAAAAAAGAAAAAUUAAAAUAACAACAGUGCCGUGUUGAGGAAGAAACCCAUUGGUAUCACCUCUCUUACUAAUUUAAUAAGUCUCUACACCAUUUAUGUUUUAGUCUGCGUGGCGGGUUUUUUGGGAGGGUGAAGGUGAACAUCUGGGAUAUUAGUGUAUUGUUUUGCGUGCUUAGAUUUUUGUGGAAGCGUUUGUACAUUAUUUUGGUUAAUUUAAUGAUAGUACUUAUUUUUAGGCCAUUGUGUAAGGGAUGGUUUGAAACGAACCACGGAGCGUAGAUUAGUAGCCUGAGCGCAAUUGAUUGAAACACCUGAAUUGGUCUGAUGUUUAAAGGUUAAACAGGACCCCAGAUAGUGAUUCCAUAAGAUCAGACAGGUCUUAUGAUUGAUUUAUAUAUAAGUAGUUUGUUUUGAAGUGGUAUUUUGGAGUUAAGAAGAGGUCGGAGGAGAUGGAGUCUAUUGUUUGCUGAUUUUUUUUUCUUUUAAGUGGUAACCCCAGGUUAAUCUUUUAUCAAAUAUUAUACCUAAGUAUUUUAUUUCGGCUUUGAUAGGGAUGGGGAAUUAUUAUUUGAAAACAGUAAAAUUGUAUAAAAAUGAGUCAGAUAAAAAGUGUAGUUUUAUUUUUAAAUUGUUAUAUUAUUACGAUGACUUUCUUAUUUUAAAUUACGAAUAUUUAUACAUCUUAGAAAAAAGUUUCAUAGUAAAAAACAUGUAUGUUACAUGUUAAAUGGAAUUUUCGGUAAAUGUAAAUACACAUAUUAUGCAUAUUAUCUGAAAACAUCCACUAAAGAAAAAAGUUUUUUUAGAUAUGGUCUUUUGGGACCAAGUGGUUGCGGCAAAACUACAUUAAUAAAUAUUAUUCUUGGAAAAUUGCCUUUAGAUUCAGGGUUUAUUAAGAUAAAUGCUAAUAAUAUUUCUGAUAUUGGAUACAUGCCUCAAGUAUGAAAUAUUUUAUUUUUUGUCUUCAGUAAUAUAUGUUUUUAUUUAAUAUUAAUUAUUUUAUCAUUUGAUGUAUCCUUCUAGGACUUGUGUUUGGAUACAAUGCUUACUAUACACGAAACAUUUCAGUACUAUGGUUCGUUGCAUAAUAUGAAUGAAUUUGAUAUUUUUAGUAGAAGUAAAGAACUUAUUGCAUGGCUUAAAUUGCCACCCUGUUACACAUUAUUAAAAUAUUUAAGGUAGGUUAAUAAAUUCUUAACAUAUAAAUUUGUAUUUAUUUUUAUUAAGUAAUUUCUUGAUAAAUUUUUUAUUUGUAUGUUAUUUACCAUCGUAUUUAUGGGUGUCUAUAGCGGUGGUCAAUGCAGACGAGUUUCGCUGGCUGUCACAUUACUACAUAAUCCAAAAAUUAUAAUUCUAGACGAGCCCACAGUAGGGAUAGAUCCAGUAUUAAGACAUGAGUGAGCCGUGUUUAUUGAAUAGUGGAAAAUAAUAAUAAAUAAUUCUUUAUAAUGAUCUGUUUAACUUAGAAUUUGGCAAAAAUUAUUAAAAAUUGUAAAGGAACAAUCCAAGACUAUUAUAAUUACUACACAUUAUAUUGAAGAAGCACAUCAGGCACAUAUAGUAAGAAAAAUAAAAAUUUGUCAUGAUAAAUCAUAACAUAACAAUAAUAUAAUAACACAUUUAGACAAUUAAAAAUGUUAAUUAUAAAAAAAACCGUUAUAUUUUAGUUAAUUAUUGUUAACAAUGCCAUGUUUCUCUAUGGCAAUUUUAACUUUCCACUAUCAGACAGACAGCAAGUAGACUGUCUUAAUAUUGUUGCUGAAAUAUACACAUAUCUAUAUAAGUAAGAAUUUUAAUGAAAAUAAAUGUAGAAGGAUAGAGGUAGUUGGAUGGGAUUGAAAUGAUAUGAUGUAGCUAGUGUCUCCGAGAUGGGAGAUCAGGACAAGUGGAAGUUUAGGACUAGGGUGACCGACCUUAGUUGGUAUGAAGGCGAAGGUGAAGAAGAUUAGUUGUCAAAUAGCUGGAUUUUUCAAACAUAAAAAAAAAGUUUGGUUAAAUGUGUUGUUAAAUUAAGUAAUUUGAAUGAAUUAAGUGUAAUUGCAAAUGAAAUUUGCGGAGAUUUACAUUUAAACCAUAUCAAAAUAUUAUUCGGUUAAGUAUUACUUAAACUCAUAUUUUGAUAUUUUAAUUAAGUAUGUCAUGUUGUAUUUUUAUACACCUAUACUAAAUAUUCAUACUAUAAUAUUUAUAGAAUAAAUAUAUUCAUAGAUAUUUUUUGCACAGAUAGGUUUAAUGAGAAACGGCGUUUUAAUAGAAGAAGCAUCACCUCAGGAUAUAUUAGUAAAACAAAAUACAACCUCUUUAGAAGAAGCUUUUUUGGCAAUAAGUUGUAAUCAAAAAUUUAAUAAAGUAUACAAAUUUUUAGUAAAUUUAAGAACUGUAACAUAAUAUUAAAUUUCGUUUUAAUUUAGACAAAUCAAAGGGCCAAUCAAAUUCAAAAUAGAAAAGUAACAUACACAAAAUUACACACCAAAAAUGGGACUUCUUUUAUUAGAAUACGUGCUUUUAUACAGAAAAACAUUUCGAUUUGUGUUCGUGAUUUCAUGUAAUUAUUAUGAUAAUAUUGUAUGAUAGUUAUGAUAUAAAAAUAAUUAAAAACAUAUGUUUUAAACAGGUUUAUAUUUUUCAUGAUAUUAUUUCCAAUGUUAGCAGCCAUAAUUUUUAAUGUUGCCAUUGGUGGUAAUAUUAAAAACGUUAACAUAGCAAUACAAAAUAAAGAAAUCGCUGAUUGUAAGGACUAUAAAAUGAAUGGAUGUUUUUAUGAACAUGUUAACAAUAUCACCUUAAGUUGUGAAGUUUUAAAUGGUUUACGAGCUCUAGAAUACAAUUUAGUAAAUUUAUUAAUAAAUAAAAUGUGUAUAAAACAAUAUAAUAAUAACAAUAACAAUAAAUAAUAUGACACACUGUUCAGAUUGAAGUCAAUAAUCAUAAAGAAGGUGACAUUUUGGUGGAAAAAACUAUAACAGUAGCAUUCGUUGAGUUUUCUCAAAAUUUCAGUAUAGGACUACAACAAAGAAUUUUAAGUUCAUCGACUAGUGAUAAUUAUUUAACAAAUUCAAUACUUUAUGCAAAUAUCGACACCGGAAGUGAGUACGUUUCGAUAAUAUUUCUAACAGAUCCAUUGCAAACUAAGUUAUAUUAUACUUGAAAUUAAAUAUUUUCUCUCUGAGAGUGUGAAUAUAUUUCUUAGUAUAAUAUAUGAGUAUCUACUAUGAUAUUACUAUAAUACAAAAAUAAUAAUAAUGUGUAUUGAAGAAAACAUUUUCUUGCUGAAAAUAAGUUAUUAGUAUAAGUUAUUUCGACACCAUUUAAAUAUUCUUAGAUUUAGAUUUUCUGUUCCAAAUUAACAAGUUUAUUUCAAUUUUCUUAAAUUAAAGUAGUUAUUUAGAUAGGUACAUACAAGUAGUGUACACAUCUAAUGUAUAAUUAUAUCUAGUAUACUAACAUUUCUUAAUUUUUUUUUUUUUGACACUAAGUUAGUUUAUUGUUCUUCAUAUUAAUGUUUAUAAAGUCAUAGGUAUUAUGUAUUAUAUAGAUUUUAUACCAAUUUGUAAUACCAUAUAAUACCAUAAAUGAUAUUAUUUAUGGUUAAAAUAUUCUAAUUUGUAUCUUUAUAAAUAUAGAUGAAAAAAAAAAAAUGAUUAAUGAUGCAUUUAAACAUGACACUUUUGAAUAUUCUAUAAUGGAAACUGUAUGAAAUAUAGUAGAUAUUAAUGUAGGUAUUUUAUAUUUUUUAGAUUUUUUGGUAAAAAGUCAAUUUAUUCGAAAUCUGUUUAGUGUUAUUGAAAAUGUAAUUAUUAAUAGCACACAUUUCUGCAAUGACAAGUUUAUUAGACGUUCUUUUCCUUUGGUGAGUUAUAAAGUACCUACCCAAAUUAAUUAGCAAUAUCUAUGGUUUAUGUCGUUUCUGAUAAAUGUAUAGUGUUGAUAAGCAUGGGCGCCCAGAGAAAAUUUAUUACAGAGGGGUAUAAUAAAAUCAAACACCAAAAAUUACUUGAAAUAAGAUUAUAUUAAUUAAUUAUUAAAAUUAUGUUUGAAAUUUUGAAGUCCAUGGGAGCAGAUGUUCCUUCUUGCUCCCCCUUCCAGGCGCCCAUGUUGAUUAAGUAUUUGGUUUUGGUGUCCAUUAAAGCAUUUUAUAUAAAUAAAUAAUAUUAUUUUAGAAUAUUAUCAUUAAAUAUAGGAGUUUUACAUUUACAAUAUCAAUUUUACUAUUUAGAUAUAACAAAUUACUAAAUUGCAGUUUACGUUUUUACUUAUUUUUUUUUACCUAUGAUGAACUUCGUUUUAUAUUUUCAAGAAUUUCUAAUCGACCAAAACUGUUUUAUCAACACAAAACCAAAUAAAAACUUUAUAAUAUAAUUUUAUAAUAUAUAAAAAAAUUAGAAGUGACAAAAGUAAUAGAAACGUGUCAUUUAAGAACUGCCUGUUUCUUAAAUUUUCUACAAAUGCAAUAGUCCAUAUAGUUUUGGCGAAAACUCGACAAAAAAAACUAUAACUAUUUUACAAUAAUUAAAUAAUUAAUUUGCGCCAUUAUAAAUAAUUAUUAACCAAUACUAUUUUUUGUAUUUCAUCACAGAAAACUACUAGUAUAGUUGGAGAGAAAGUCGAAACAUUUAUUCAUAGUAUAGCAACUAUGUUUGUAUCGAUGUGAGUAUGCUUAACUUGUAAUUUUUGUACAGAAUAUAACAUUAUAAUUAUUGUGGCGUAAUUCAGGCUAGGAUAUUAGAAGGGAAUAAACAAUUUUUGAAAAUUUUAUUGAAUAGGUACUUACGAACUUAUAAUCUAAAACUUAUUUUCAGGGAGGAGGAUAGGGUUUAGAAUAAAAAAGGUAUCACAUGAUUAUACUGUUUUACAUUUAAACAAAACAAUUAAUAGAUAAUUAAUAAUUGAUAGAUAGAAUUAUAGAUAUGAAUAACAAACAAAUAAUACAAUUAUUAUGCACUUUAUAAUAACAUAUUUACUCUUCUUGGCUUCAGGAUCAUUUCAUUUAGUAUCUUUGUAUUCUGGAUCUAUCGGUACAUUUCUAUAGACUGCCAGCAUAGCCAACCUAUUUAAUCGAUUUUAAUGAACAAAACAUCUAGUUAUUAGGGGAUGUAGUAUUUGUAUAGUAUCCUAAUUUUCUAUAAUAAUUUUUUAAAUAUAUAACCGACCUCUUAUACCGUAUUCCACAAGUAUAUUUUGAUCUUCUUUAAAGUAGAAAACAUGUGUUUGGGUGUAGAAGUCAACAAGGUUAAUGUACAUAAUAUUUUAAUAAAAUAUAAAAGACCGAGGGAGGAGAUGGAAUUUACAUCAAGAUACCUUUCAUAAUUAAGCCACUGACAUUAUACAUACAUACAUGGCCGUGUUAAGCCAUUUCGUGUUCAGAGGCAUCAAUUUUUAAAAGCCCUCUCUUAAGGUUUUGCCUGGUGAUGUGGGCUGGUUAAUGUCCCCAAAUUUGUUGUUUUUUACUAUUUUAUAAAAUGCAUUCAUUAAAUUAAAAUUAAAAAUAUAUUUUUUCUUUACCAAAUAAGAUUCUUCCUUAUUUUUUUUUAGGUACACUAUGUAUAUUUAGUGUACAUUGUGAACGUUAGUAGAUUAUACACUUUUCUAAUUACCAAACAAUAUUCAUUAUUAAUCCAAUCAAAGCGUUUGAAAAUAAAAAAAUUAAAAUGAUUUAAUAAUAGUGAUUGUUAAUUCUUUUUUGAGUUUUUAUUGAUAGUGCUUCAUAGUUUUUUUAAAAAAAAACGGUUCUUUUUACGUAAGCAAAGGUUUAUCGUUGUUUACAGAUAUACAUUAAAUUAUCUAUAACAGUGGUUGCACCGGUCCCCAUUAUUCUAGGAGGUAAUUUUUUUUAUUGUGUGGACUUAAAAAUAAUAAUUUUCACGCGCAAUACAUACACUCACGUGUUUAUAAAUAAUAUUUAUUUUCAGGAUAGGAUUUUAUUUUUCAAGCAUAAUAUCCACUGGGUUUAUGCUGACAGAAAAAAUUGAAGGUUUUCUUGACAGGUCUAUGACAGCAGGUAAACACCGAUUACAAUAUUAGUUAAGCAAUUUUGUCAUUAAUAUGAAUGAUUUAUUGUUAUACAUAGGCAUUACAAUACUAGAAGUUGUAAUUUCAAUAUUAUUCAUUCAAACCGUAAUACAUUUCAUUCAAACGAUUUCAGUUAUGUUUAUCACAUACUUUGUGUUCAACAAUCCAGUUGAAAUCACCAACGGAUCAUUCGCAUUUGUAUUUAUAAUUUUCUUAAACGGGUGGUUAGGCUUACUUUUUGGUAUGAAUAUGUAAUCAUUAAAGAAAUUAUCAUAUUAUUAUGAUUUAUAAUAUUCUAUUUUACAGUAUUUAAUUUAAUUUUCUGCAGGUUUAUUAAUCGUCGGAAUAUCUAGUUCGAGUAGUGAAGCUAUGAAUAUGGUUAUCGGUUGGAAUAUGUUACAAAUGUAUUUAUCUGGUAAUAAUAUUUUACCUAUUAUUAUGUUUAGUUAAUUCUGAAUUCAUAUUUAUUCGUGAACUACUUAUCAGUUAUCACGUAUACUGUCGACUUUCCGUCACGACUAAGAUACACAGGACUGGAAACGAUAUGGUUGGUGGGAGGUACGUCCAAUUUAAUGUAUACAAUGAGCGGGGUAAGAAGGCUUGCAAUUCUUGUUAAGAGUGGUGCUGUUCACUACAACUAUUCAGGCUUUCUUCACAAGCAACGAAUACAUAUUAUGCCAUUGAUUUUAUAAUAUAGGUACUAUAAGUACAUUUGUUUACCAUCGUUAGAUUAAGGGGAUUAAGGGGAGAAACCUCUAUCUACUUUUGAUUUUCAAAUUGCAACCUAUAUCAACAAUUCCAUAAAUAGAUGGAGUAUUGGUUUGAAUAAAUUUUGGUGUUGAAAUUUGUAAUUGCCGUUAACCCGAUGACGAGAUUUCACUUGUAAGUUUUUAAGUAAUUUAAGGGGGGCGAGAGUAGUGGUGCAUCAUUUGUGUAGUGACAAGGCGCACGGUGUUUUAAUAGUGUUCCACCAUUCUUCUCCUACCUAAUCUUAAAAGCGUAAUAUCUCGUAAACGAGUUGACGGAUAUCAAAAAUCUCAACACCAAAAUGUAUUUAAACCAAUACGCCAUUUAUUUAUGCAAUUGUUUGUAUAGGCUGCUAUUUGAAAAUCAAAAGUAGGUAGUGGUUUUUUCCUUUAAAGUAAGGGUGACAAAAGAAGAGUAAUGUAGCAUUUUAAAGCUACUUAUUUCUUUCAACAUUUUUUUUUCAGUUUUAUGUAACUUAUUUCGUGAUUUCCGUUAAUUUUAUCGCGUGUACUUGUAUAUCACAUGGAGCACUACUAUCAUUAUCCAUUAUAAUUACUUUAGGGUAUAUAUUAGAGAGCCUAUGAUCAAAGUGACCACCGGAUCUUUUAUCAAUGAGUGCGGACGGCUCCAUAUUGUGUAAUUUUUCGUCCAAACGUUAUUAUCAGCAUGGAUUAAAUUCUAGUUAUCAGUAAUCUAUAUUUGUGUUUUAAAUGAUCAGGUACUGAGAUUUAUGACUUGGGUAUGUUAACUCAUUAUGCACGACGUAGGUUGGUAGGACUGGGUUGGUUGACUGUUCAGCUAGCUACGCGUCUAUCCAUAAUUUUUAUUAAUAAACAUAUUAAAACUUAUUAUCAUGUAUUGUACAAUGUACUAAAUACUAAAUACUGACGUCAAGUGCCUACAAAACGAUGUGGAUGGAAAAAAAUUACAUUAUAUUAAUAUGUUUAUUAUAUUUAUAUCAUGUUACCAUCGUAGCAGCUGAGGUAUAUGGUACGCGAAUUAAUUAGUGAAUUCUUUAUACAUUUAAUUAUAUUUAAUUGACUUUUAACAAUAUAGGUAAUUAAGUGACGUAAUAUGUGGUCUUUAUUAUUUUCAUUAGUUAAUAUUAGAAGUUGAAUUAUAUUAUGUUGUUUGAAUCGUUUUCGUUAAAAUUGUUCGAUUUUAUUGGACACUGGUGGCCUUUUUCUUACAUUAUGCUCUUUAGUAUAUUAAUAUGAUAAAUUCAACAUCCAUAUAAUAUCAUGUUAUAAUUUUAAUAAAAACACGUUAUUUUAAAAAUUUAAAUGAAUCGUCUUAAUAUUUAAAAUCAAACACUAUGCAAAUUUAAUUUAUGGAAUUCAUUAUGUAAUGAAAAAGAUGCUGUGCCUGUUUUUUAGUAGCAUGUUACUUUUACAAAAAACAAAUAUUUUGGUAAGGUCAUGAAAUGGAACAGUAUUUCGCAAACGAAUUUAUUGGAAAUGUGUCCUUAAUAAAAGUACGUAAAAAAAUAAAAGUGUAUAUGCGUGUAGAAAAUUGGUUUGUUGGGACUCCCAACUUAGGAGUCGUGUUCCAUUAAUUGUAUUUUGUCCAUUAUAUUUUAUGUUUUGUUAGAUGAAAAAACAGUAUAAAUUAGAACUUAGAAUUGUAAUGUUAAAUCAGGUAGUCAGGAUAAUCCACAUGUUGUUAUUGCGGUAAUCAGUGGUAUAAUCGUGACAACAACAAAUACCUUAUUCAUACAAUUUAUUUUUUCUUUACAUUUUUAUUAAAUUUUUUUUGUUUUUUUAAUCGUGCAAUUGUGGUUUAAAAUUGUGACUCUUACAGGUAUAAUGUGGCCUGUUGAAGCACAAAUACCAUUCAUGAAACUCGUUUCCGAACAUCUACCAUUAUGCUAUACCAGUCGUUUAUUGAAUAACAUCGUUUUGAAAGGAUGGACAUUUGGACAUCCAACUAUUUUUAUUGGAAUAUUAGUUAUUAUUGGUUAUGUUAUUUUACACGUGAUAAUGUUGCUGUUGUUAACCUAUGUAAAAAAAGACGCGUGGUUAGUAAAAAAGUUAUAA